AUGACAAUUACAUUGAAACAAAAAGAUAUCGCUGUUGAAUAUGGAAUAUCAAAGCAAUCCAUUUCUGAUAUCGUCAAAGCAAAAGAGCAAUGGUUGAAAUUUAAAUCAGGAACAUCUUUAGCUGAAUCCAAACGUGCCCGAAGAGCAACCUUUGAAAAUGUUGAAAAAGCAAUGAAAAUUUGGGUGGAAAAUAUACUAGCACGAAGUGACUUGGAUUUGAAUGACAGUUUGUUAAUGGAAAAAGUCUUGUUAUUUGCUGAAGAAUUCGAGUUCUACAAAAAAUGUGGUGAAUCUGGUAGUGUCAAUAUGGACGAGAUUCCAAAGUUUCGUGAGCAACUUCAAGACAUAAUCAAAGACUACGAACCUCAAGAUAUGUUCAACUGUGACGAGACAGCAUUAUAUUGGAUGCUUGAACCUAGUCGAACUCUAGCAUAUAGUCCAGUUAAAAGAAAGAAGAAAUCAAAAGACCAAGUAUUAUUGCUAGUAAUAACAAAUGCAAUAGAAGAUGAAAAAUUACUGAUUUUAUUUAUCUACAAGUACGAAAUGCCACGUGCUCUCAGAGGGAUUAAUAAAUUCACUCUUCCAAUGCAUAUUGCAAAUCAGAAAAUUCUUCUUUUGAUAGACAAUGCAAAAUGUCAUGAAGCUGACAAUAUUAACAAAUUAUCUAAUAUCCAGAUUCACUUUUUACCUCCCAAUACUACUUCGAUUAUUCAACCUCUGGAUCAAAAAAUAUUGUAUAGUUUAAAGGCACAAUACAAAAAAAUUCUAUGUUCAAAAAAAAUUGCGGCCUAUGAAAAAUUAAUUGAUCAAGAAGGUGAACUUCGAAAAACUUCUAUCUAUAAUGCUAUUUUAUAUAUCAGUCGCGCAUGGAAUAUUGUCUCUUCAGAGAUAAUUAAACAUAGCUGGACAUGGUCUGAUAUUCUUUUACCUUCUUUUUCAUCUGAAUUAUUACGCGGUCUAUCAACUUUUAAUAAAGAAGAAGAAUUAGAGCAUGAAUUAGAUCAACUAAUUCAAUGGCUGCCCAUUAUGAAAUCACUUUCUGUGCAUGAAUUUAUAUGUAUUGAUGAUAAUAUUAAUCAUGAAGAGGUUGAUAUAAAGGAAAUUGUUGAUGUAGUACUUGGGAAAGGAUUGAAAAACGAACCUGAUGAUAAAGAUAAAAGCAAGGAAGAAAUUUCUAUUAGUGAAGCUUUAAAUAGUACUAAAAUUCUUAUUACAUUUAUCAAGCAGUCUGAAUGGG